GACGGGAAAGCACAUCGCAUGGAUUCCCAAAGGGGCAGAACCAACCGAACGUUGUCAAUCGCACAUCGUGAUACGAGAGAAAGAGACGGGUGAACGCGCAAGGAAAGACAAACGGCCAGGGAGGCACGAACACGAGGUCGGAUACUUGUAAAGGAGGGGAAAGCAACACAAAGAGCGCAUGAGUAGCAGGAAUAGUAUAGCGCAUGAAUCCUCCCGUAGCCUCCUGCGGCAAACAGAUUCGGGGAACCCCCUGCUCACCAAGCGUGAGGCGGACCUAGGACACGACCACCCUGCAACGGCACGGAUAAUCGGGUACCGGCAACGGCAAACAAAACUACAGCCUCUGUCAAGGUUCGUACGCGGGAGUGCAAGGCGGUGGCGGAAACAGAAGGCACCAAACAAGAGAGGGAAAAGAAACCAGCGUGGGACCUACAAGAGAGGUGGGUCUACAAAUCCGUCUUUGGAGAGAGAGAGGUGGAGAAAGAGAAAGAGG